AUGUCCCGAGAGCGCUGCUGCUGCUGCCGCUGCGCGCGCUGGCCACCACCACCGCCGCUACGCUGCUGGGUACCACCCCCGACCAGCUCCACCCCCUCCACCACCACUGCCUCCUCCGCCGCCGCCUCCACCGCCUCCACCUCCGCGCCCCUCCACCUCCGCCGCUGCCUCACCACCACCGCUGGCACCACCACUACUGUCUCCGCCGCUGCUGCCACCACCCACCACCACCCCGCCACUAGUCCCGCCGCCACCCCCACUCCCUCCGCCGCCACCGCCGCCACCGCCCAACCGCCCCCCUCCAGCUCCACCCGCGCCCUUGCCCCCCUUGCCCUUGCUGGAGCGACGCCCCUUACGGCCCGUCGCGGCCUCGCCUACGCCCUUCCGCGGCCCCGCCUCGCCCCUUACGGCCCCUUACGGCCUCACCUAGGCCCCUCCGCGGCCCCGUUUGGCCCCUUAUGGCCCCGAUACGGCCCCUUCUGGCCCCGCUACGGCCCCGUCUGGCCCCGCUACGGCCCCAUCUGGCCCUGCUACGGCCCUUCUGGCCUCGCUACGGCCCCGUCUGGCCCCCCUUUGCGGCCCCGUUUAGGCCCCUCUGCGGCCCCGUCGCCACCUAUGGCCCCGUCGCUACCUGCGGCCCCGUCGCCACCUACGGCCCCGUCGCCACCUAUGGCCCCGUCGCCACUUGCGGCCCGUUGCCACCUGCGGCCCCGCCGCCAUCUGCGGCCCCGCUGCCACCUGCGGCCUCGCCGCCACCUGCAGCCCCGCCGCCCAGCGCCCGCACCCCCGAGCAGCCGAACCGCCGGCCAGCUGAGCCGCCUGACCGCCGAGCCGCCUAGCAGCCACCCGCCCGACCGCCGCCGCGCCGCCCAGCACCGAGGAACCGAGCCGCCCGACCUCCGAGCUGCAGAGCAGCCGAGAGCCCGACCGCCGAGAGCCGCCGAGCCGCCCGACCGCCCCACUUGCCUG